AUAUUUUACCGAGUCAUGCACUUUGAGAUAUGGCGUCGGGGACAGCAGACGGCGACAAGUAAUAAACAACAUCGGAAACCACAUUGCAUAGAUGUAUGUAUAGACUCAAUACGAAGAUUAGGCGAAGAGUGCGGAUAGGUGGUGAGUUGCAGUUGUGCGUAUCGUUCACAAGUGCUGCAUAUUCUCCCACACGUGCAUGCUCCCCUCCGGAGUCUCUUGAGAGUAGUCGAUGUUGCCCCGACAAUAGUUCCAGUGAUUUGUCAGUAAAGAACCAGCUGGCAGGGAGUUGGGACCGUCUAACUUAUUGCUGCUCCGAAAUGUGGGCUAUCGGUGUAGUGAGUUUGUGGAUGUUGUUGUUGGGCAUACCUGUCGCUCUGUACUUCUACCUAAGACGACAGUUCUCGUUCUGGUCCGAUCGGAACGCACCGUACAAAGAGGCGGACUGGAUCUUUGGCAAUCUCGCAGAGUUCGUACGGGGUAAGCGAUCCUUAGCCGAGGUCAGCCUGGACCUUUACAAGGAGUUCAAGGGCUCGAGAUUCGUGGGAAUAUGGGAGUUCCAUUCGCCGACUCUCUUCGUCAUCGAUCCGGAGCUGCUGCGUGACAUUCUCGUCAAGGAUUUUGCGAGCUGGUCGACUCGAGGAACGGCCGCGAACGUGGACGUCGAUCCGCUGUCCGCGAAUCUGAUCCACCUAAACGGAGACACGUGGAAGUCGGUACGGGCGAAACUGACACCCACGUUCACAUCGGGAAAACUCAAGCAGAUGCAUUACCUGCUGCUCGAAUGCGGUAAGGACUUCGAAAAGUAUCUCAACGCUGCUGCAACCGACGGAAAACCCCUCGAGGCCAGGGAGAUGAGCGCCAAGUUCACCACGGACGUUAUUGGAUCGUGUGCCUUCGGGAUUCAGAUGAACUCUCUAAACGACGAGGAUGCGGUCUUUCGUCGGAUGGGAAGAAAGAUCUUUGAACCAUCGACCAAGGGAAAAAUAGUCAGGGCGCUGCAGCGCCAUUUUCCCGGGUUGUUUAAGUUCCUUAAUCUCUCGGCACACGAGCAAGAGCUCACCGAUUUUUUCCUCAAGAUAACGAAGGAGAAUCUCGAAUACCGAGAGCGGAACAACUUGCAGAGGCACGAUUUCAUGGACCUUCUUAGGAACAUGAAGAAUUCUGGCGAACCAUUGGGCAAGGAUGAUGUGGAGAUAGAUUACCGAUUUCUGGCCGCUCAAGCCUUCGUCUUCUUCGCGGCCGGGUUUGAAACCAGUUCAACGGCCAUCAGCUUCUGCCUCCACGAGCUGGCCGUGAAUCAGGAUAUCCAGGAUCGACUCCGGGACGAGAUAAACGAAACGAAGGCUGCCAGUGACGGGGAAGUCACGUGGGACGGUUUGAACAGCAUGAAGUACCUUGACAUGGUUGUUGCAGAGACCCUGAGGAAAUAUCCUCCCAUCCCUGUUACUACGCGGUGUGCUGUAAAGCCCUACCGCAUACCCGGAACGGACAUAGAACUGCCCGAAAGAACGGGAUGCAUUGCGCCCAUCUAUGCCCUCCACCACGAUCCCGAAUAUUAUCCCGAACCCGAUAAGUUCAUCCCCGAGAGGUUCACCGAUGAAGCCAAAAGCCAGAGGCCAGCUCUAGCCUACCUUCCGUUUGGAAGCGGACCCAGAGUUUGUAUAGGCCUGCGGUUCGCCGAACAGCAAACGAAGCUGGGACUGGUCAAGCUGGUCGAGAACUUCAAGAUCACACUGUGCGAAAAGUCCCAGAACCCACUGCAGCUUGAUCCCAAGGCUAGGUUCCUGGUUGCGAAGGGCGGAAUUUGGAUUCGAAUAUCUAAAAACUCAUAAUAUACAUCGGAUGUACAAUGCAACGAGUUGUUUUUUUUUUCUGAAAUGCAAUUACUACUUGGAAUAGGUCGCGAAGUCGUUUUUACUGCUGACGAAAAAACUGCAAUUAUUCAUCUAUCAAUAUUAUCUCAGUGCAAUUGACCACGAAGUUGUUGUUUUCAUUCUGUCAUCGGGAAAAUCACUCCAGUCGUCUAUACAUGUUAACCAAAAAUUAAAAAACAGUUACUGUAUGCA